AUGUUAACUAGCCUCAUGUCACCCGUUGAACAGGUCCGGGGAAGUUCUAAGACUCUUCAGGAUCUUCCCAGCGAGAUUUUGAUCAAGACCUUCAGCUAUUUGGAUGAAAAAGACCUUUAUGCAGUGCAAACAACAUGCAAGCACUUCAUGGAGAUUGUCAAUGACGAAGAGCUAUGGAAGAAUCUCUUUAUUGCCAAAAUCCACUCGAGGCAUUUCCCCUCGUUUUCAAGGUCCUGGAAGUACAGUAUAGAAUACGUCAAAAGGAACAGAGGUUUGAACGAAUGGAAACAUAACAGGGCAGUCAAGACAAGGUACACGGUAACGGCACAGAACCAGUACAACCAGCUCGAAAAAAUGGUGUUCGAGUACCCUCGUUGCGCUUGUUAUAGCGACGGAGUGAUUAUGCUAGUCCAGCUUCAUUCAAAAAGAAGAAAGGACAGGCUUACCUACAUGCCAUGUACAACACCCCAAGGAUGUUCAACCAUGCAUUUCAACAUCAACGCUGCCGUUUUCGGCCGCUUUGAUGGACGUGUGUUUGGUAAACUUCUGACCAACAAAUCGCACCUGCAUCCCGUCACAGAGUUUAAUGCAGCACAUCGUUCCGCUGUCACUGCAAUAACAACAGCCGCUCUUGAAGAUUCGGCAGAAGAUUGGUGUGUCAGCGGCUGUGAAACAGGACAAGUUAUAUGGUGGUGUGAAGCGAAAAUGCAGAAACAGAUACAAGUCUCGGAUAAGCCGAUUCUAAAGUUGUCUCUGCACAAAGAUCUAACCGUUGUCAUGGAUUCUUAUCAGAUCUUUAUUGUAGACAAGAUGAGCAUUUCUCAUAAACUGGACAUCCCUUCUGAUCUCCAGCAUAGUUUGACGCAAAUCCAGCAUUUCGAAGUGGAUUUUGGAGGCCGACAUUUGAUCCUCGGCAAUAUGUCGACACUAUAUGUCAUCUCCAUAGAUCCCCAUAAGGAUUUUGGUUUUUCGAGGUCCAUGUCUUUCUCUGGUUGUAUCGAAAGGGUUUUCAUUGAUGAUAUAACCUCUAAAAGAGCGCAGGAUACCAGUUUGGCCGGUGGCGAUGGUUGCUUCGUGGGCGUUCUUACCGGCGACAACUCCGUCGUUGUUAUUGAUGUUAGAGCUCCUGGCCGAAACUUGUGCGCACAGUCCAGACUAACAUUCGAAGAAAGGGUCCACAUUGCGCAAAUAAACAAUUUGGUUCUCGUCUGUGCCUUCAGUGGAUACCUAGGAAUAUUUGAUGCAGCAGACGGGACUGAGUUACGAGUGGUGCGGAAGACGGAAAAGAUGCCUCAUUUCCUUGGGAUUUCUCAUGGGCGUAUGAUUCUUGGCAGUGGCAACGUCUUACACUAUUUGCAGUAUGCCGAUGAGGAAUCAACGCAAAAGAGGUCAGGAUCAUCCCAGGGCACUCGCGGUAACAAAUGGAAUGAAGUUUUAAACACUCAGCUGGACCUUUACAAUGAAGAUGAAAAUAGUCGAAAAGAGGAGAUAGACAGAGUCCAAAAGUUGCGAAAGCGGUUUAUGGGCGAUCUCGACGACGAAGAAAUCCAGUACCAAAUUGCAUUAAUGGAAUCUCAAUCGACUGCACUAUCAUCUUAUUCUGGGGCGACCCAGGAAGGGGAAAUGGACGAGGAAUUUUUAAGGGUAUUAGAGGAAUCUAGACUUACGGCGGAUUCUGCCGUAACAUCACAGGUGGUUGACGAAGAUAUGGAAACUUUGUUGGCUAUGGAGCAGUCCAGGGAAAACGACAGUAGACUUAAUUCGGUGCGACGGACUCGCCGUAACGGGCCAAUAGGUGAACCAGUGCUGUCGCCUGCCGAAACCACCGACUAUCACGAACGAGACGGAAUCCGAUCCCCUUCGCCACUAGCCCAGCAGCGUAAUUACGAUGAGGACUUAGAACUAGCCUUGGCAUUGUCACUCCAGGAGUAA